AUGCCGGACUUCAAAGGAAUCGCCAAAGGCGGCUGGCAUCCGAAAGGAAAGGAUGGGACAUCGAAGGAAUCAUGGAGGAGCGACAACAAAGGUAUUAAUCAAGUGGCAGGGUGGAUAGGCAGAGGGAAAGAUCCCAAUGAGAAAGCCCGCGAUCACGUCUCCCGACCAUUGUCGACUCUGAAGGAUCCUGCAGCUUUUGGACCACCUCCGAAGAAUGUCAAUUAUCAUGGCGGCGCAGCUCUACCGAAUCAGAUAACGCCAGAUACUCGAGGGUUAGGAGCACCCUUAUCGGAGGACGAGAUAUAUGCCAAGCAGCAGGCAGAGGAGGAGGCACAACGGGAAGCAGAAGAGGCAGCGAAGCCAAAAGGCCCUCCACUUCCAUUUCGAGCAGAUACCACAGGAUUAUCAACCGCGAAUAUGCCGCCGCCUCCAGGACGAAGAGACGGCGCAGAUGGAAGAAGUCCCGCGCCAGCGCCAAAGCCAAAGCCAAAGCCCGGCCUUCCACCACGAUUGCCACCCAGACAGAACUCAAAUCCUAUAUCUCCGCCUCCUACAUAUAGCGGAGCAACAAACGAGCCGGAUUCUCAUAAAGGCAUACUCAAUCAGGGUUCUAUGAGCAGGUUGAGUGCUGCAGGCGUUUCUGUUCCAGAGUUUGGCAUUGGAAAAGGAAGACAGCCCAUGCCACCACCAGGCCCAACUUCUCCUUCACGUACUUCAGCAGCCUCACCUGUAAACUCUGCACAGCUGAGCGAACUACAAUCCCGCUUCUCCCGUUUAUCUUCUUCAACUUCACCCAAGCCCGAAAAUCCCAGCGAGGGCACAACAUUUGCCCAGAAACAAGCAGCUGUAAGGACGGCAUCAGCCUUUCGGGAAGAUCCUUCAUCUGUAUCUCUUGGUGAUGCUAGAGCGGCAGCAAGUACAGCAAACAAUUUUCGAGAACGACACGGAGAUCAGGUUAAAUCGGGGUUUCAAACGGCGAACAAGUUGAAUUCCAAAUAUGGAAUUACGGAUAAAGUUAGGACUUAUGGAGGAAUAUCCAACACACAGACACCAGAACCAACCAAUCCACAAAUUGAGAUGAGGGACAAUACGAUUAGUGGACACGCAAACGGUGGGCCAGAUGUGAGUGUUCUGGGAAAGAAGAAGCCGCCACCACCUCCCGUGAAAAGAGAACCGAUCCCACCACCCAUUCCUCUCAACAGCAAACCUAAACCUCAAGUAGGUGUUGUUCACUACCAAAGUCACCGACAUAGAGAUCAUCCGCUGACUUCUCAGCCAACUAGUUCUCAUGAGCCAAAAGACUACGAUCUUGAUCUUAAAUCUUUAUGGUUCGCCAAAUCGCCACCAGCUUUCCCUCCACCAUCGAUGAAUCGAGGCGGAAAGUUAACGUAUGCAUCUUCAUCAGGAUGGUCUAGCUCUGGAGUUCGAAAAACUCAUACAUUCACGGCCCACGUUCGCAAUACCGCCACGUUGGCAAGCUCCAGAAUCCACCUUACCUGGGAUGCGAGCAAUCCAACUGUGACUGUCAAAGCAUAUCAGAGGCAUGAUCCCCCUCCAAGGAAGCUCAGCCAAAGUGAGCUGGUAUCUUGUCGAGAGAGGUAUUCUAAUGCCGUCGCUGAAUGGAGCGAGUCCCAAAUGGGCUCGCAAGUAGGCGACGGUGAGUGCUGGACUCUAGCCAAUAACGCCCUCAAGGUGGUUGCCGCAAAGUGCUCUUCACGUGGCCAAGAGCCGUGUAUGGCAUCGCAGAGCUUUAUUCAUGGCUACCUCGUGUACUCCUACUUUCCAUCUUCGUCGAUCCCGGAACCCCAAGGAAAGGUCGGAGGAGCGGGCGUAGCUCGGGGCGAUAUUAUUCAGCUCUACAAGGCCCAUUUUAAGUAUCCAGAUGGAGGGCAGGCGUGGGCUGGUGAUCCGGAUCAUACCGCUGUCAUCACAGGUGUCGAGCCAGAUGGUGUUUUGAGAGCUGUUGAACAAAAUGUUGGCGGCAAGAAACGAGUCCAACCAGGAAAGUACAAUAUGGCUCAUAUGGUUAGUGGCGAGGUGAGGAUUUUCAGGGCUGCAGGCGAGAGUUGGAUUGGGAAGCUGGAUCCUACCUGGUGA